AUACAUUUUAUUGGUAAUGAUGAAUUAAAUUCAUUGAAGAUAUUUACUGCAGAGCAUGUAAACAUUCAAAAUGGACGAGGUUCAAACACGUGUGCAGAAGUCUGUAAAUUCUAUGAUAAAUACCUUAGACAAAGAAUGUUUAAGGAAAAUGCAAUAUGAUAUGUACCAGUGUAGUUCUAAAUGUUGUCAGAAUAAUAGUUACAGUUUAGAUCAAGUACAGAAUUGUAUUGAAAAAUGUUCCACUAAAGUCACCAGUGCUCAGACAUAUAUUCAAAAUGAACUUCAAAUGUUUCAGGACCGAUUACAGAGAUGUGCAAUGGGCUGCCAAGAUCAAAUUCGGGAUAAAGUUGGACCCAAUACAUCAGAAAAUGACAUGAACAAGCACAAAACUGAACUAGAAAAGUGUGUGUUAAAAUGUGCAGACACACAUAUAGACUUAAUGCCAGGUCUAGUGAAAAAAAUGAAAGAAACUUUAAAUAAAAGCUAAAAUACUUAGUUAUAAUAUAGUAUAGGGUAUUGAAAGUGUGAAGUACAUUGUAGAUGAGAGAUAUAAACCUUUAAUUAAAUAUAUAAGUUUAUACAUAGAACCAAUUAAAAAAAAAAUGAUACAUUCUAGUUCAAGUAUUUAAAUUAUUACUUUGUUCUUGUGUUUUGAUAACAUGGGAUGAUUAGAGGUAUGAAUGCUUAAAAUAAUAUUAAAGGUGUAGAAUACAUUAUUUUAACACAAACAAAAUAAUUACUAGAGUAUGCAUACUGUAAUAAUAAAUUAUGGACGCUUUCUACCAAAUGGUUUUACUCCCAAGAGAAUGCAUGAACUGGCACAAUGUUUACUCUACUGUCAUUUGUGUGCAAGAAAAACGGAGAAUCAAUUCAUUAGAAAAAGGAUUAAAGAUGCAUAUUUAAAUAAAGAUUUAAAUAAAGAGCUGACAGUUAACGUUAUAAUAGUUAAAAAACUUAGAUAAUGAAAAGGGAAUAUGCCAGAUUACUUCAUUCUGAUUGUAGUUAUGGCCAUUUGAAGUACAGUGUAGUCUCAAUUGUCAUUGCUAAUGUUACGAUAAUGAACAUUGCCUUGAUUAUCCAUUUUCAAAUUAAAUUAAUAACUGCCAAUCGUGUUUAAAUCUGUUGAAAAUCAAAAGCAUCCAAUGAUCUAGAGAGUUGAUUAUGGGCUUGGCAAAUGUCUAAUGAUUUAUAGAAUACUUGAGGCUAAACGAAAGAUCUGCAUUUGGCAGAUUUAGCUCUUACAUAAUGUAUCUUUAAAUAAGACAUUUAACUGUUUACUUGAAAGUAUUUUAAUAUACAAUCACGUAUUAAUAUGUUUUACAUUGUUGCACCAGCAUAUAACUGUGUAACUGUAUUUGGUCAGUAUAUUUCUAUGUCAAAUUCUGUUUCUCUUUGAGCUUUUUGAUGUCAUAAUAUAUACGUGUGCCAUUAUCUUUCAUUAACAAAUCAAUAACCCAUUUUAAUUACAAAGUGUACAGAAGAAGUUUAAAAUGUCAUUUCUCAGCAUUUGUUAAACCAUAAUUAUUGUUUUGUGAAUAUAAUUAUUAUUAUUAAAUGAUAA